AACAGGGCCCGUCUCGUCUUGGCUCAGACCGUAAAAUUGAAGAAGACCCAACGGCGGUUAAUCAAAAGGAAAAGGCGUCGGUGCGGCCGUGGUGGGGCGCCGGAGGAAGCACGGCCAGCAGUGACUCACUUCGCUCUCAGUUCUUCAGUAUCAACCGAAGUCGGUGCUUCACUUUGUCAACUCGGACCCGCGACUUACGACACUGCUUACACGGCAAAACCGGCACUUUUUGUACAACCUAGGAUGGGGCAGAAAACAAUAUUGGUGCUAGUCUUGUUCGCAUCCUACUCGUCUGGAGGUCCAGUCCCACAAGAGGUUACCACGUUUGGAGAAUCACAUGAAGGUUGUACUGUCAAAAAUGUGACAUAUGAGCGAGGUGAGCAAAUACCGGAGUUGACACCAUGUGAGACUUGUCACUGCGAUCCUCCCAAUGUUGUAUGCUCGAUGGUGAAAUGCCAGCCGAAUAACGGUUGCAAAAUAAUCCAAAAGCCCAACAGGUGUUGUCCGGAGUACAAAUGUGAAUGCGAGCUUGACGGCAAGACAUACAACAAUGGCGAAAGGCUUGAGAACGUCAAGGACCCAUGCUACGUAUGCUACUGUCGUGGUGGUGAGAUCAUGUGCACAUCUAUCACAUGUUAUCACCGGGAUGACUGCCCUCCGGUGCUCAUCCCUGGCAGGUGCUGUCCCAAAUACGACCAUUGCCCCCCAGUAGAAUCAGGCUCUAGGACUUCUAACAAUUCAGUCCAGACAUCAAAAAGGGAAAUGCAGCCAUGGCUUAUGACAAAAGGUAUUGAAUUGGUCACGCUGACUCCUAACUUGCACGAAGAGUCUCAUACUCCAGCAAAAUACCCGCAGAGUAUCAAAAUUGUUGAAAUACUUCCUACGCUUGCCCCAUCACAGGUCGUUGAGCCCAGCUCAGGCCCGAGGAUAAUCACCAAUGGCGAAGACUUGGUAAAAAAAACUGAUGUUGAAGUCCUCUCUAUGCCGCAGACGACUGAAAGCAUGAAUGAAACCACAACAGAGGAAAAUACUUCAAACGAAACAGACUUUACUCUGAAUCCAAAUUCAGAGUAUGUCACUACGAUUCUUCCUGAAGAUUACAACUAUACGGAUGCAACUACUGAGCAAGAAGUCGAGGUGACUGAAAGUAAAGGUUUCGAUAUAUUAACAGGUGGUGUGUUUGGUACUGUAGAAAGUUUCGAAUCGACGCCUGAAACUGAAAACUUUGAAGCUUAUACUGAUCAAAGUACGAGCACAACUGAAAGAGAAACAGAAAUUUCAUUCACUGAGUUAAAUUCAGCACAAAUUGAUGAGCCAUCAUUUAAAAACAGUAUGCUUAAUCUGCCUACUAACAGUUUCAGCGACACUUUAAUCAAAUUGGAUGAAACGACUAGGAGUAAUACAACUCCCAUAAUACACAUUUACAGUCCGUCGAAUCCAGAAGAGAUUUCAGAAGUGGCUGUAGUGAAGCAGUUUUCAGAAUCUCCUUACUUCAGUUCAUCACAGCAAACUUCUCUCACUCCAGAUGACCUGAGGACAAUAGCUGAAAUUAUGAUUCACGAAAAGAUCAAGCCUGCCUCUGUUGAUGACAGCGUUAAAACUACCAGCCCCAUGGAUGAUUCCGAUUACUCGACUUCUACAUCAUCCGAUGUGGAAUAUUCGACACAAAAUCCUGUCGAAAAUCUAAGUGAUCAAGAACGUUUUGCUUUAGAAGUUGUAGAAGAAAUUUCAUCAAACAAUUGGUCGACUCAAAACAUUGAGUCUUUUGAUGAUUUGAACUCGACCGAUGUGACAAAUUCAACAGAUGUAAAUUCUUCCGUUCCAACUGAAAGCUCUGAAAGCACAGAAACAUCGACAGAAUAUUCAACGGAAGAAAUACUUCAGAGAACUUCAGACAAUGCGACAAAUGAAACAACCGAUGGAUUUUAUUCAACAGAUUUAAACGUGGAAAACUCCACAAAAAUUCCACACUCGACUGAAUAUAGUACCAAAGACGGGUUAAGCACUGUACGUGGCUCGUUCCGCAAUUUUCAAGACUCGACUGCGUCCCAAGAUAACGAAAGGAUGGUCCGUGUCACAGAACCCCACCUACAAAACACCGAAAUGUUUGACGAUCGGGACCUUUUACUCGUGAAGAAUUUCGUAAAGAAAAAUCUCGGUUUAAAUUGAAAUGAUAUUUUAAGUUAUUAAGUUUAAAAUUUUUUCCAAUGUUAACUUAUUUAUUUGCUAGUGAUUAAUGUAAUUAGUCUACGGUUUAGAAUUUUUUUGUCCAAAAUGUAUAUAAAAAUAAGAAAAGAUUGGACAGUCAUGUCUAAUAAUACUUUUGUGUUAUUAAGAGUUGUAUACAUGAAACAACUUGGUCUCCCAAGGAUAUUGUUCUUUGUUAUAUAUAUUUUUGUAUAUGUUAGGACUGUGAUAUUCUAGUUGAAAAUUAUUUUUAUCAUUUUUAUUUUGUAUUAUUUAACAUGUUUUAGAAAUGUUUCUAUUUAAUUUUACGAACAUAUGAUUGCCUAUGACCUGUUUUAAGAGCUAAGUAUUUUUUAAGUUGGACAAAGUUUAUACAGAUGUAUUACAAGCGCCUUGUUUUCUGCGGUAUUUAAAUGUUUAAUAUUAAAGUAAUAUUAAAUCAA